AUGGGGCCAAUGGAAAAGGAGAGUGACCAGGAGAUGAGCACAAACGAUCACUACAAGAAAAACUUGCGCACAGCGUUGCCCCAGAUCAUCGCAGUCAGUGUCAAGAACCUCCUGUUGCUUGGCUAUGGGAUGACCCUGGGCUUCCCCACCAUACUCAUUCCGGCAGUAAGCCAGCCGCGCGACGGUGAAGUCCUGCACUUGAACGCUUCGGAAGUAUCUUGGAUUGGUUCAAUCAACCUCAUCGUGGUUCCCUUGGGUUGCGCAAUGUCUGGUGUGGUGACCUCCCCGUUAGGAAGGCGGCGCGCCAUGCAAGCAGUCAACCUGCCGUUCUUCAUAGCGUGGCUCAUGUUCUACUUUUCCUCAACAACAGGGCACCUGUACGGCGCCUUGUUCCUCACGGGCCUGGCCGGGGGACUGCUUGAGGCACCCGUGCUAACGUACGUCGCGGAGAUCACGCAGCCGUACCUGCGCGGAUCCCUGUCUGCCACCAGCUCCAUGUGCAUCAUCAUCGGCGUCUUCACUCAGUUCCUGUUCGGCUUGCUGAUGUACUGGCGCACCGUGGCCCUUGUCAACAUCACGUUUACGAUCCUAGCCGUGGUUGCACUGUUCUUCGUUCCCGAGUCCCCGCAUUGGUUGGUUUCCAGAAAACGCCACGCUGACGCUCGUAAGAGUCUGCAAUGGCUGCGCGGCUGGACCACGCCGCAAGCUGUGGAGGCCGAACUAAAAGAUAUACAAGCAUUGUUCAAAACAAAAAGAGCGGAGGCUGAUGACGUCGAGGAGCUUUGGACCGAGAAAUUAUCCCACUACCUGGACCGCAGUUUCCUCGUGCCUUUCUUUCUCGUCAGCUUUAGCUUCUUUGUGGGCCACUUCAGCGGGAUGACCACUUUACAGACGUACGCAGUGUCGAUCUUCCAAGCGCUGGACGCACCGCUGGACAAGUACCGGGCGACGCUGAUCUUGGGCGCGGUGCAGCUGGCCGGUGCGGGCGCUUGCGUGCUGCUGGUGCGCAUCACCGGCAAGCGGACCCUCACCUUGGUGUCAACCGCUGGGGCGGCAGCCUGCUGCCUUCUGCUCGCCGCCUACGACUUGCACAUGAAACUGCACGCCAGGCCGCACUCAACACUCCUGGUGAACGGAAACUUAGAAGAGAACCGGACUCUGGUAGAUGUCCCAGCUGCACUUGACACUGUGAAGAACCCAUACUCCUGGAUCCCCACAUCCUUGUUGAUGUUACUGGCGCUUAUCACGCAUACCGGCAUCAGGCUGCUACCUUGGAUCCUCAUUGGAGAGGUGUUUAGUGCCAAGACGCGCUCGGGAGGCGCCGGGUUGACCAGUGGCUUGGGCUACAUGUUCGGUUUCCUCACCAACAAGAUCUUCAUCAACAUGGUGGAUGUGCUCUCCAUAUGGGGCACCUACGGCUUCUACGGCCUGAUCUGCCUGACCGGGAGCGUGGUCUUCUACUUCAUAUUGCCCGAGACGGAGGGGAAGAAGCUGAACGACAUCGAGAAUCACUUCGCUGGUAUAAAAAAACUGACAAACGAAGUCUACCGUUCGCAGAAGCGGUCUACUGUCGAAGUGUCAAAGAUGCGCGAUCUGAAAGGCGCCACCAAUCCCACCUUUGAAGGAGACAACAUUAAUAUUUGA